AUGCUGUGCUUUGGGCCGCUUGGCUGUAGAAAACAGAUGUCUCACUUCUACUGUAUAAUUUUAGCUUACAUAUCGACGGGUCAAAUAAUGGGUUGGGGAAAUAAAGCAAUUGAAAUUCGUUCGGUUGAAACAGGUCACUUAGAUGGAGUUUUCAUGCAUAAGAAGGCUCAGAAACUGAAGUUUUUAUGCGAACGUAAUGAUAAGGUGUUUUUUUCAAGCGCAAAAGGUGGAGGAGCGUGCCAGAUUUACUUUAUGACUUUGAAUAGACCAGGCCUGUCAAACUGGUGA